AUGAGACCUCUACUCCUCGCUGGUGGCAAGUCGACUCGGAUGGGCUCGCCAAAGCACCUCCUUUCCCUUCCCGAUGGCCAGCCGCUGUACCUGCGUCUUGCUAAGACUCUGCAUGCCGCUUGUCCAGGUUCAGUCCCUGUGGUCGUCUCCCUUGCCCACGAUUCAAUAUUGGACCAGACAUUGCGCAAUGCAACGGAACAAGGUGGCUGUAUGCUCGCUCCUGAGGGUUGGCAGCCAUCCGACGGACUUUCUACUCCAAACAAACAACAUUUACCAAUCCUGAAGGUGCUCAUAGAUGAGGGUGAAGGCACUAGGCUAGAGUCCGCAGGCCCUGCGGCCGGACUCUUGGCAGCUCACCGAGCAUAUCCCAGCGCCACUUGGCUCGUGCUGGCCUGUGACUUUCCCUUUUGCACCACCGAGAUAUUGCAUCAACUCCAGUCUGAAUAUCAAUCUCCAGUCACUUGCUUCCGCAAUGACGAGGGUUUUAUCGAGCCGCUUCUCGCCAUAUGGAGCCCAGACGCUCUGCGGCGACUCGAGGAUAACACAGCGAAUGGCAACUCAAGUCCAAGUGCAGUAGUGCGUCAGUUGGGUGGAUUAGUGCUUGCACCGCCACGGCAGACAGAGUGUAAAAAGGAUGAAGAUCCUGAAUUUAAUGAUGGCCUUGAGAGAUUAUCGCCUCUCUUCAACGUCAACACGAAGGAAGAAUGGGGAGCCGUCUUAAGAGUUAAGCGCUGCAAUGACGGGAUCUUAUCUACCGCCUGA